GCCAACACAGAGAAGCCUUCUUUAAACAGGUCAGAGCAAGCAGGGAGAAGUGCUCUUCUGUCCGAUAUUAACAAAGGGAAAAAACUCAAAAAGGCUGUUACCAAUGACAGAAGUGCCCCAGUUAUUGAGAAGCCUAAAGGAGGUGGCGGCGGCUUUAGCGGCAGCGGUGGUGGCGGCGGCGGUGGCAGCGGUGGCGGCGGUGGCAGUAGCUACGGUGGAGGUGGGCCGCCUGGUUUAGGAGGCCUGUUCCAGUCAGGGAUGCCAAAGCUUAGGUCUGCUGCCAACAGGGAUAAUGACUCUCCAGGAGGCAGAGGUCCGGUUUUUCCACCGGGAGGAAGAGUGACGUCGGCAAAGCCCUUUUCACCCUCAGGUGGUGUAGGGAGGUUUCCGGGGCCUUCUCUUGGGCAAAGAACUGCAAUGCCAGAGCCACAGAGAAACCGAAUGCCGCCCCCAAGACCCGAUGCUGGUUCUAAGCCCGACACGGGCGCCCCUCCUGUUCCAAAUACACCAAGACCGGUCCCGUCUAGUCUUUCAAAUCUGUACAACAGAGGACCCCCUCCGGUGCCAGCAACAUCCAGGCAAGCCAGCUUAGGGCUUACGCCAUCACCUUUCCCAGGAAACAGAAACGUAGGAUUCGGAGGAAGUGUUCGCCAGUCACCACCAGGUAGUUCUUAUCCCUUUUCAAACCGGCCACCUCUUCCUCCCGCACCAGGCCGGGCAGCAGAAGAUAAGCCCCCUCCGCCACCACCUCCAGCGACAAACAGGCCGCCACUCAACAGAGAACCUUCCUUGCCGCCUCCACCGCCUCAGAACAGCAAGCCUCCUGUACCUUCCACACCUCGACCUUCGUUUGUCUCACAGGCUCCUCCUCCCCCUCCCCCAAGUAGGCCAGGCCCGCCUCCGGUUCCACCCACAGCCGGUGGAAACGAUGAAAUGCCACGACUUCCUCAAAGGAACCUAUCUCUAGCAUCUCCUUCGCCACCAAGCUUGCCGGGCUCUGGUCGCUCCGGACCUCUUCCACCCCCACCAAAUGAGAGGCCUCCUCCUCCUGUAAGAGACCCGCCCAGUAGGUCAGGACCCCUUCCUCCUCCACCGCCAAUCAGCAGAAAUGGUAGCACUUCACGGGCACUGCCAACUACUCCACAGCUACCUUCCCGAGGAGCAUUUGAUAAACUCCGAAGUGGGCCAGUGCCGCCACCCCCUCCGGACAGGCCCGGGGGUGGCGCCCCGCCUCCCCCUCCGCCUCCCCCUUCAUCGUCAGCUCUCCGAAAUGGGUUCCAAGAUUCUUCAUAUGAUGAUGAGUGGGAGAGCCGGUUUUCCUUCCAUCCUCUGUCUGACUUGCCACCUCCAGAACCAUAUGUGCCCAUGAACAAGAACUACCCCAGUAAACUGGGAAGGAAUGACAACAGAAGUGGAUCCAGCCGCCGAGAAAGAGGGGCCCCUCCUCUUCCACCUAUUCCGAGGUGAAGUGAGACCUUCAGGGUGACCGUUCUCCGACAUCUCUUGAACCUCUCCUUGCAUUCAGCGUUUUGUCAGAAGACCACCUCUCCAUCAGCAUUUUCCUUCCCUCUGGAGAGAAGUCCCUGACUCCUUACUGCGUUUUAAAAUGGCAGAAUCCCGGUCCAAAUUAAUUCCCUUCAUUCCAGCCCAAUUUAAAUGAGACUGAAAGUCCUUGCUUUGGAUUUCCACAUUAGUUUAUCAGCUAUAGAAUCACAGACUUGUGAUCCUUAACCACAUUUUCUGAAUAAUUUUUUACUUCUAAAUCAAUGGAACCUUGCUCUGAUCAAGGGCUUAUGAUCACGGUGGGGUAGAUUAUACCUCUCUUGCAAAGUUCCAAAAGACAUAACAGGGUCUAUUUACCUCUAUGCACUCAAGAGUCCAGUCCUGUUCAUAGUCUUUGCAGUAUCAAUGAGAGCAAGACAGGUGUUUUUUUUACCGCAAAGGUCAGUAAUAUUGCAUAGUUUAUGAACCUAUAUCGCAUCCAGCCAGAAAUGGGUGUGCUGUCCAGAGACCAAUGCCCUUCAGUUUCCUACGCACACUCUAUGUGGCUCACCAUGUACUCCUACAGUACAUCCUGGGUUAGCUUGCUGAUCAGUUGGAUCACAUCCGUUUGAUGAUGGUAAAGCUAGGUGGUGCGGAGGUCCAAGCAUUCCAUCUCAGUGGUGGUGGGGGGGGGACAAUUCCAUGGCCUUAUUCUCUCAGGCAAACUACCAAAUCUGGAACAAGUUCCAGCCUUUCAGAGACCAAAGGAAAGGGUUGCUUAGGAACACUGGCAAGAGCUUUCAAGAACCCACCAGAAAUACCAGUGCUGUUUCAGAUUGAGGCGCCAAGAGAAAAGAAACAAGGUUUCUGAUCAAAUAUUCCCCAGCUGAAUGAAGAAUGAUGGAUUCACCUACUUAUUUGUGUGCACACUGUUUUCCUCUCUGAUCUAACAGCUUUGGUUGUUUGAGGAGUGCUUUUUUAUUAAAAAAAAAUUAAACUAAAACGUGGACAGUUGGCUGCUCAGGAUUUGCUCUUUUCCCACUGUGAUUUUAAGUUUCAACCAAGUUUUAGCUACAUAGCCGAGGUAGCUCUGUACAUCCUCCAUUGGAUUGGGUGCUAGAAUAUAAUAGUUCUGAUGUGAUUUCUUGGAGGCCAUUUCCUCGUUUUGCUAACGGUAAUGCAAUUGAAUUAUCCUUUCCCUCUGGGGUGUGUCUAACCCACAGCUCUGGGUGUUUUGCAUAGUGGAUUACUGCAAAGUUGUCUACUUUGGGCAGCACUAGAGAAAAUAUCCCCCCCUCCAAAUGAGCUAAAGCAUAUUGGUAUCUCUUAUUGUAUACAAGUCUCUCUACCCCCAGUCUGUUAGCUGUCUCUUGAUACAGCUGAAACUGUUUUAACUAUGAACGUUUGGGUUUGUUUUUGGUUCUGGUUUUUGUGCAGCAUCAAGCCUCCAGAUACAAGCAGGAUACGUCCAAAGGGCAGACAUGUUCCGUUGACUAGUACAAACUCCCAUUUGAGUUUCUUUUAGGGUACAAAACAACUGGCUAGUUUGGCACACCGGCUUUUCUAUAACAUUCAGUUGCUUUUGAAAAACUGGGGGGGGGUUUCUCCUGAAAAGCUAUAGGAAAGUAUUUCUUGG